ACUUGAUAUUGAUACUUGUCUGUGGUGUGUUUACAACUCAAACCCCUUGAAUAUUUUAUUUUAUUUUAUUAAUUAAGUUUUAUUCGCCCAUUAUCACGCGUCGUCAGUAUGGGAGAAGACGACAAGAUGCCCAGUGAGCAAGAGGGUAUUCAGAUACAAAUUAUGGAAGAAGCUGGACAAAUAGAUGUGCCGUUAGAAGUAGGAAAUACUGCAAGAACUGCAAGCACAGUGCGAGAAUCAGCAGUACAGUUACAGUUCACUGAGCUCCACUCAUUCCCAGCAAUUGAGUGUCUUCCAUUAGAUGAAGUCACUAAAAGCUGGGAGCUAAAUUAUCGAGAAGCAGCUAUUUUCUUAGAAGAAGGAAUCAAUAAUGAUAAGUUGACAUCCCAUCCCUCUUGCCAUGAAGCACUUCCUGCAUACCUCCUUGUACACAACAAGUGGUAUUAUGCCCUGGAUUUUGCAGCCUCUUUAUUACUGAUUUUAUUGACAUUCACAGAGAAACCAGCAAACCCCCUCUUUCGGCUACCUGUAGGGGUACAUAGCAGCAUGGAACUCAUGGCUUUAGUCAUUGUUAGUGUUGAGUUGAUUAUGAAAUUCCGCUGGGUGGGAUUCAAAAUAUUCAUUCACCACCCUAGAUCCAUGGUGAAGGCGCUGACGCUCUUGAUAAUGAUUGCUGAAUCUAUUGUGGUUCUCGUCCGGCAAAGUUCGCAUUUUAGGGUUACUCGCGCUCUCCGACCCAUCUUCCUUCUAGAUAAUCACCAUUUCGGUGGAGUCCGUAGAUACUUACGCCAGGUUUUACAAUCGGUGCCUCCAGCAAUUGAUAUGUUAGGCCUACUGCUAUUCGUAAUUCUAUUCUACAGUGUUUUAGGUUUUUAUAUUUUUGGAUCGAACGUAAACGAUCCAUAUUUCAGUACUUUACAGCAAGCCUUUAUUUCCCUUUUCAUACUUUUGACGACGGCAAAUUUUCCCGAUGUGAUGAUGCCGUCCUAUGCGGUAACUCGUUGGUCAUCUGUUUUUUUCAUUACAUACCUUUCCAUCGUUCUGUACUUUUUGAUGAAUCUGUUACUUGCCGCUGUCUAUGCAUCUUUUUCUAGUAUGGAGAGAAAAAAGUUUCAACAGUUAUUGCUCCAUAGACGUAAAGCAGCGCAACAUGCUUUCCGUCUCUUGCUUAGUCGGAGCAAUAGAGGGGGCAUUACGCUGCAACACUUCCGUGGUCUUCUACGUAAUGUUGACCCAUCUCGAACCUACAGGGAAAUGUAUCUGAUGUUCCGUCUUCUAAACACGUCAGAUUCUGGAAUAAUUAACCUAAAUGAAUUCUAUCAUAUUUACGAUGUGUUGGAUAUGAAAUGGCGGAUAAGAAAUGAGGAACCGUUUUGGUUUUCACGGCUUCGUUCCCGUACGUUGGCCACUAUGGCCCAACAAGUACAUCGGCUGGUUACCUGGACUUUUUUCGACUACUUUGUCUGCCUAGUGAUUUUCCUGGGAGGAAUUCUGAUUUUAACGAGAACUGCAGCUAUCUCGGUGCAUAUGAGCAACCCGCUUGAACUAGGUGUUACUUGGGAAACCUACGCCUUUGUGUCUUUCUAUGCACUUGAAGCAUGCCUAAAAAUGUUUGGCAUGGGUUUUCACGUCUACUUCUCCUCUGGCUGGAACUGCUUCGACUUUGCCGUGACAGGAGUAUCUCUGAUUGGGCUAGCGGCUGAAAUUCUCGGUCAAUGGUCAUUCCUCGUGGUAGCAAGGCAUUCGCGGAUUUUACGUGUUUUCAAGCUACGUAAGCGAUAUCGAGAUGUCUUUGGAACGAUAUUUAUUUUAGGUCAAAGACUACUGUGCGCCGGAAUUGUUUUCCUGAUUCUUUAUUACGCUUACUCAAUUGUUGGAAUGGAACUUUUUGCAGAGUACGACCUUACCAAUUGUUGCAAGAAUUCAACUGUUGAAGCUAAUUUUCGCUUUGAAAAUGGAUCAUCGUCGAACGGCUACUAUUACCUAAAUAAUUUUGAAAACGUCAUUUCGUCCUAUGUGACGUUGUUCGAGCUGACUGUCAUAAAUAAUUGGUACAUCAUAAUGGAAGGCUAUGCUGUGACUACAUCGCAGUGGAGCCGUAUUUAUUUUAUGUGCUUCUACCUCACCAUAAUGAUACUUCUCUCCAUCGUCGUUGCAUCGGUUCUCGACGGAUUUAUGUUUCGAAUUUCAUACAAAGAACAAAUGACUAAAGAUGACGAAAAGCGUUUAGUUGAGAAGACUGUUACUCUCAAUGCCGAAGAAUAUGAACGGCUCCUAGCAGUGGAAUCUGCGGAACAAUUGUCGAAGGGAAAGCUAUGGCACAAUUGGUUUGCCCGACUGCGUAAGCAAGAACCUUUCCGUACCCUGGAAGAGACUACAUUGGAUUUGCCGGACAUUCGUCCUAUAUCAGUAACAUUCACGGGUUUCCGUCGACGGACCAAGGAUGUUCUUCUCAGUUUUAUGUACAAGGAUGAAAUAUCCUGCUGGAUGAAGCAAGCCGAUCAUGAAGAAAAACAGCAACAACCAAAAAACUCACCGUCCAAACGGGUAGAAAUACGCCAGAGACAGCAUCGGGGCUCUGGGGAAACCAAUAGCGAUUAAGAUUCCUAAGAGAAGUCUCUAGCGUCUUUACAACCCAGUCACACCUCCAUCCUCAUAUUUAUAUCAUAUAUUUUUAGAUUACAAAUGAACGAUUUUCCAUUUCUGUAAUGAAUUCUUCCAAAAGAAAAAAAAAAAACAACAAAAAAAAACAAAAACAAAAAACAAAACAAAACAAAAACAAAAAAACAAAAAAAAACAUCCAUAGACCCAACGCGCAUAGAUAGCACACCUGCAGUUUCAAGAAGCCGCUGUCUCUCUUUUGAAAAGUGCUGUAAUAGCGAGAAUUGUUUCGCUGAAGAGUUUUAUUAUUUUUAGGCCUAAUCAAAAAGAAAUCACGAGUAAACUGAAUGACUACCUAGUAAUAUAUUCAGAUUAGUUUAAUGUUUAUGGCUAUUUAGCAAUAAAUGCCACGUACGCCUACUAAAACCAAACCCAGUUAGUAAUGGAUAUAAAUAAAAUAUUUAAAUGCCUAAA